AUGGCCAGUACACAAUACAAAAGAUCAUCAUCCUGGUCGUCAAAAUCUACAUCUUCAUCUGAUUUUCAGGUCCAUAUACGAGGAGUACCCUUCACUUUGGACAGGGAUCUUCUGGCUGCAAAAUCAGCCAAACUAGCUGUAAUACUGAAAGAGAAUCCUCACGAAGAUCUCUCUUAUACACUCCGGGACAUCCCUGCUGAUCCGGAAACAUUUGAGCUUGUAGCAAGAUUCUGCCAUGGUUUUGAAUUGGACGUGUCGACUGACAAUGUUGUUCCCCUCUCUUGCCUUGCUCACUGCCUCGAGAUGACUGAGAAACAUAGCACCAAUAAUCUACUAAAGAAGGCUCUUACCGUCUUUGAACAGAGAAUUCUCCCUAGUUGGAACGAAUGCAUUAAGGCUCUGAGGACCAUAGAAAACAUUCGUCAACAAGCAGUGAAGUUCGGCUUAGUUGAUGCCUGUGUGGAGUCCAUCAUCACAAAGGCACAGGCUAAUCCCCUCCUCCUUGGAGAACCAAUCAAGAAGUUCACAUCUAACGAUGAUACUGAGGACAACGAAAAUGAUGACUAUAUGCCAAACGUGAGGAGGCGGCUCUUUGUUCUUGACUGGCAAUCCGAGGAUCUGACAACACUUUCUCUGUGGCUUUAUGAGGCUAUUAUCAGUGCAAUGUAUCAGCGCAAAGUCCCAUUAGAGUACCUGGCUGCAUCUCUUUGUCAGUACGCGAAAAGGUGGGUUUUUUCCAGCAAUACCGGAGAGGAUGACAUAUCAAUUUACAAGAGGAACUCUCAAAGAGAAGUUAUUGAAACAGUAGAAAGGCUUUUACCUGGCGAGAAAGGACUUCUUCCUUGCACAUUGUUGUUUGAAAUGCUACGGUUUGCAACAGCCUUGGAAGCUAGCUCUGGCUGCAGAAAUGGAUUCGAGACCAGGAUUGGGAAACAACUAGACCAGGCCACAGUCAAGGACCUCUUAAUACCUUCUCAAGGAUAUGCCAAGGAAAUGCAAUACGAUACUGAGUGUGUUAGGAGGAUUUUGAAGAAUUUCUACUGUCACUACACUCGGCAAGACGCGUCUGGAUUAAUCAUGGUAGCGGAACUUGUUGAUGAAUUCUUGGCAGAGGUUGCUAGUGACAUAGAUUUGAAAAUGAGCACAUUCCUAUCACUCGCAGAGAUGUCGGUUUCAGCAUCAGCAGGUACCCAAAGAAACUCUGACGGAAUCUACAGGGCUAUUGACAUAUACCUCGACAAGCAUAGGUAUCUAACAGAGUCGGAGAGAGAGGAGGUGUGUCAGGUGUUGGAUUGCCACAAGUUGUCCCCGGAAGCUUGUGAACACGCUGCACAAAAUGAUCGAUUGCCACUGCGAAUGGUGGUGCAGAUCUUGUUUGUGGGGCAGUUGCAGCUGAGGGACACUAUCGUGAAGGAGGUGCAGGGUUCGGAUGACAGAUUAAGAAAAUUAGAGGAAGAGGAAGCCGCAGAGGAGGAGGAGGAGGAAAAGAGAGCAAAGAUAGGGUGUGGUGAGGAGGAAAUGAGGGUAGAGAUGGAGAAAAUGAGCAACAAAGUGAUAGAGUUAGAGAGUGAGUGUCAUGAAAUGAGGAGGAAGAUUCAGAGUGAUUGCUCCAGUAGAGUGGAAAAGGAGAAAGGUAGCAUGUGGAAGGAAAUGAAGAGGAAGUUUGGGUGCAUAAGCAGCAGUAUGCAUGAUUGUAAUAAUUGUCAUGUGAAGAAGAAGAAGAAGAAGGUGCAUCCAAGGUGAGGACUAUGAACAUGUAGUUCUUUUCUUGCUCUUGCUUUUAAC